ACUUGCAUGCUCUCUUCUUCCUCGUCUAGCUUCCUCCACUAAGAUUAUCAGAAUCAUCUCCCUCACUUGCUCGUGGCUUUGCUUCACGAGGCGACUAGGCAUGGAGAUUCACAUCACCUGCCCUUUUGAAUGGAUGCAUCAGCGAGGAAGGAGGCGGCAGCACAUGCACAUCCCGGUGUUCGGGGAGUGGAACCAGCUGCAGUGCGAGGAGCUGCCCAUGACGCAGUACUUCGAGUCGGCGAUGCAGGCCGGGCUCGUCGCCAGGGCGGGCCACUGCUUCCACGACGGCGCCGCCGAGGUGGUGCUCUUCAGGACGUUGUCCGGCUCGCCGCCGCCGCACAAGCCGGCCAAGAAGGUGCGGAGCGCGAUGGGGAGCCAUCAGCAGGAUCAGCAGCAGGUGCACGCGGUGAGCAGGCGGCGGCAGCAGGGGCCGUUGGCGGUGGCUGACGGCGGGCCCCGCGCGCCGAGGAGGCCCUGCAGGGUCGUUAGGUCGGUUGACGAGGAUCUGUACGAGGUCCAUCCCGAUCUGCUCCCAAAGAAGGGCAAAGGGAGGAAGCACGUGAGGAGCCUGUGGAUGGGCUGCGUGGGGCUCAACUGCGUCGCCUGACGUGAAAAGUGGGCGUUUCCUUUUGUCAUGUAGUAGGAGCUAGCCUUUCUUCCUUUCUUUUCCGUAUGGAAAGAAGAGAUGAGAUGACGACCGGAUCCGGAGCAUCACCAAAUCCAGAGGGCUAUCCGAAUACUCCUGGCUAGUGUUCUGUGGAAACCUUUCUGCCGCCGUGCUUCUAGCCUCUUGUUCCGUCGUACACAGGGAUGCACGUCCGUAUGGCACCUUGUCGAAAACGGAACAGCUAGCUUGUGCUGCCUCAUGCAUACUCGCGUGUGUAUAUUAUGGUGUACGGUAUGGUUGAUGAUCA